AUGUCGAUAUUCGCGCUUCUUGCGGUCGCCGUUACCCUCGUCAAUGCCGCAUGGAGCGGGCGACUCGUCCCUUCUGCGAACGAUACCGCACCCACACCGUAUGGUCUGACACGCCGCUGGGACAAAUCCGCUACUGCGACCGACGAGCUGUGGGGCAACGCAGUCUGCAGGGGGGAGCAAUUCGUGGCCGCCUUCGGAAGCACCGACGAAGAAGCCGGCAAGAUCUUCAAAUCCGCGGCUAACCCACCCACUAUGCAGAGUCAAUGGCAGAGCGACCAGCAGAGCGAUCUGGCCAAGUGGGGUUGGAAAGAAGUUGAUGCCAAUGAUCACGCCAUGUGCGACUACAGUGACGCGUUCUGGAAUUACGAUACGUCCUACGACGCGUUGGGACUGAACAAGAAACCAAAAUUCUCGGGGUUUCCGAAGGUCCCUUACCACAAUGGAGGGGACAACAUAUGCUAUGAGCUUUGGCAUGGCGACAGCAACUUGAACCUCAGAAUUCCCUUCGUCCGCCAACUUUACAAAGUAGAAGGAGAAGAAUACUCGAAAACGGGCGCCUAUCACAAAGCUUGUAUCAACCAUGUUGGCGGUGUCGUCACUGCACAAUUCCGACUGAGCCCCCUCCACGGCGCGACGCGCAACUGGGACCACGAGCCGCACAAAUCCGAACUUCCCGCUUUACGCUCCUCCGCAGACCUUCUCUGGGGCCUUUGGUGCCGCGACAAUCCCAACAUCAAGAACAUCAAGUAUUUCUGGACCCAGCAGGUCGCCAACCCAGAGACCGCCUCAAUCAUCGCAUCCGCGUUGAAGAUGUGGGGAAAGGAGGUCACCGGCUGGCCAGGGGCGACAUUCAGCAUGGAAAGCGACGAGGGAUUGGCGUUGCUUGGAUCCCCUAAUGCGAUAUCCUUUGGAUACUUUCUGACCAGUCACAAGAAAGAGCUGGGGAACAAGAGGAUCACCAAGGCCCAGGUGUUCUGGGGGGACGAGAAGCGCAAGGGGUCGGACGAGCAUCGUCAUCCUGAGAUGUUGUUCUAUGUUGAGGAUGUGCCUGAAGGGUCAAAGAAGGAGCCUGGAGGACAGCAGGGUAAUCAGCAGCCGUAG